UCAUCCUCAGUUUGAACGUAUGCCAUUCUACACUUCAUUGUGAUCAAUUCAUGUUGAAGUGUAUAUCAAGAGGAUUAGCAGGCGACAGAAUGAAUAUUAGCCAUGAUUUUGGGAGUCUGAAGUGGGAAUUGACACAGGUUUUGGCACCAAUUCUGGACGCAAUAGUCAUGGUGAUCGGGCUGGUAGGACACUCACUGGUCAUCUACGUCCUGACCGGACGGAGGAGGAAGAAUGGGCUCCAAACUCUUCAAGGGACAGAUACGUUACUUUUAGCCUUGAGCGCCUCGGAUCUACUGCAGCUCAUUUGCCUGCCCUUCCACACCGCGGCUAUAGCACUGGGCUACUGGCCCUUCAGCAGCAUCCUGUGCAAAGUCAUCAGUUUCUUGGGAGUGGCCUGUAACUCGGCGAGCGUAUUCACUCUAGCUGCAUUAGCGGUAACUCGCUACCUGAUUGUGGUGUACCCUACCUGGACGUAUCGUUUCAGACUGCGCCGCUGGCUGUGGGUUUCUGUGAUUCUUAUGUGGGUUCUGGCUGUGGCUCUUGCAGCACCUCAGUUUGCUUUCCGGCAGUUGAGAACGACGCCUAUCCUCUGCUUUGCCUUUCUGUCAGACCUCAGCCAGUUGGUCUACAGUGCUAUUCUGUUCCUGAUUGGCUUCGCUUUGCCUCUGAUCAUCAUUAUCAUCAUGUACACCAAACUCUACGGCUUCUUACAAAGGAAAAGACUGGAAGGUUGCGCACAGCAAAUGGAGCGCUAUCAGAACCGGGUGACAAAGACGUCGGUCCUGUUGGUUUUAGUCUUCACCAUCUGCUGGUUGCCAUCCUACGUCCUCAUGUUCAUGCUCAUCGGUACCAGUAGCAGCAAUACACACGCACAUCAUCACGACUUCACCAUUAUGGCCCGGCUGCUAGCGAGCUCUUCGGUUGUAGCCAAUCCGCUGCUUUAUGCUUUCAUGUCAAACAAAUUUCGGCGAGAGCUGCUGUCACUGGGACGGGUGUGCUGCAAAGGCUGCGGGUGCAUUAUGUGUCCAGGAAGUGCCACAGUGCAGCCCUUUAACCCUGUGGAGUUGGACCCCCCUCCACAACCCUGAGGAUAAAGAACUGGACUAUGCAGAAGCGUUCCAUGUGUUUAUGCUAUAAAAGGCAAUAUCAGUAAUGGGACUAAUGAUGUACUGAGAUAAAGAUACUAAAUAUCAGGUAUAUGUUUGAACUACAUUGAUUUGUUAUGCCAGAAAUAGCCUUCUACCUGAAUUACCUGGGAACACAUCAAUGAUAUUAUCUAAUAAUGGGUCAUUAUGUGAAACUGUACUACCAUCAUUCUUUGUUGAGCAAUAUAC